AUGAGGGCCGUGCUCUGGGACCUGCUGCUGCUCUGCUUGCUCGCCCGCGUGCUCGGCGACUGCCAGCGCGACUGCCUCCGCUGCGACCGGCGCGCGCACGGCACCCAGUGGGACGCCUUCAACGUGCUCAUCUGUGUCCUGGAGUGCGAGGGCCAGGCCGUGCCGCGCGCCACCUGGGAGCUCUGUGCCGCCGCUCUCCCGCAACAAGCGGACGAGGCCGCCGAUGCCGACCCCGCCGCCAUGGCCCGGCCCGCGGAGGCGGAGGCCCGCGACGUGCAGAAGCGCUACGGGGGCUUCAUCGGCGUGAGGAAGUCGGCGCGCAAGUGGAACAACCAGAAGCGCUUUAGCGAGUUCCUCAAGCAGUACCUGGGCAUGGCGCCCCGCUCCAGUGAGUACGACAUAGCCGCCGACCUGAACGAGCACAACGAGAUCUAGCCGCCCGCGCCGAGCCCCCCGCCGACCCCGCGGCCCCUUUAGAAGCGGCCAAAAAAGUCAACCCUUCCUCAUCCUCUUC